GACACAGAGGACUGACAGGGAGCUAAGUUCAGCUUGAUCUACAGGGGUUUCUGAUUUCUUCCCAAGGUGCAGUUUAUUUUUGUCUCCUUGCCGAUUCAAAAUGAUCAGGGAAUAUCUCCUGCUGUUAUCAUAUCUCUUUUUCUCUGGUGUGUGCACUGAGGAAAUCUUCCAGCCAACUCUGGUACUGGACAUGGCCAAGAUUCUUCUGGAUAAUUACUGUUUCCCUGAAAACCUGAUGGGGAUGCAAGAAGCCAUUGAACAAGCCAUCAAGAGUGGAGAGAUCCUGGAUAUCUCCGAUCCUAAAAUGUUGGCCAGUGUCUUGACAGCUGGUGUGCAAGGCGCCUUAAAUGACCCAAGACUUGUGAUCUCCUAUGAACCAUUGGCUCCUACAGCUCCCAAGCAAGAACCUGAGGCUUUCCCCACUCAUGAGCAGCUCUUGAAUCUUAUCCAGCAUGUGGUCAAGUACGAGCAGCUGGAGGGCAAUGUGGGCUACCUGAGAAUUGACUAUAUUAUUGGCCAGGAUGUUGUGCAGAAGAUUGGGAGCUUUCUGGUGGAAAAGGUAUGGAAGACACUGAUGGGAACAUCUGCUCUAGUGCUAGACCUGCGUCAUAGCACUGGAGGACAGAUCUCUGGCAUUCCCUUUGUCAUCUCCUAUCUCUAUGAAGCUGACAAGGUGCUGCAUGUGGAUACUGUAUACAACCGACCCUCUAACACCACCACAGAGAUAUGGACACUGCCCAAGGUGCUAGGUGACAGGUACAGCAUGGAAAAGGAUGUCAUUGUGCUGAUUAGCCAGCAUACCACUGGAGUAUCUGAAGAUGUGGCUUACAUCCUCAAGCACAUGCACAGAGCCAUCACUGUGGGGGAGAGGACUGCUGGGGGCUCUUUGGACAUCCAGAAACUGCGCAUUGGUCUUUCUGAUUUCUACAUGACAGUACCUGUGUCACGGUCUGUGAGCCCCCUGAGUGGGGGUGGGCAGAGCUGGGAGGUCAGUGGGGUGAUGCCAUGUGUGACCACUCAAGCAGAGCACGCCCUUCAGAAAGCCCUGGCCAUUCUGUCGGUGCGCAGAGCAGUACCUGAAACCAUCAGCCACCUCAUGGACAUAUUACAGGACUAUUACACCCUUGUGGAGCAGGUGCCUGCGCUGCUGCAGCGCCUCACUGCCUUUGACUUCUCUUCCAUCCAGUCUGCAGAGGACCUUGCUGCCAAGCUCAAUGCUGAGAUGCAGGCUGUGUCUGAGGACCCCCGCCUCCUUCUCCGAGUCACCACACCAGAUGAAGCUGCUAUCUCCCCACUGGAGGAGAAGAUUCCAGUGGCUCCCAGCCUGCCCAACAAUGAGCAGCUGCUGCACGUCCUGGUGGACACAUUGUUCAAGGUAUCUGUAUUCCCAGGCAAUGUGGGCUACUUGCGCUUUGAUGAGUUUGCCGAUGCUUCAGUGCUAGCUAAGGUGGGGCCUUAUAUCAGGCAGAAAGUAUGGGAGCCCCUCCAAGCCACUGAGAACCUGAUUGUAGACCUGCGCUAUAACCCUGGGGGCCCAUCCUCAUCUGCUGUGCCCCUGCUGCUCUCCUAUUUCCAGGACCCUGCUGCUGGCCCUGUCCACCUCUUCACUACCUAUGAUAGACGCACCAACCACACGCAGGUACACAAUAGCCAAGCAGAACUUCUGGGGCAGCCCUACGGAGCCCACCAUGGCAUCUACCUGCUCAUCAGCCAUCAUACCGCCACAGCAGCUGAAGAGUUUGCUUACCUCAUGCAGUCCUUGGACCGUGCCACUCUGAUUGGUGAGAUCACAGCAGGGAGACUGUCACACACUUGUACUUUCCCACUGUUGCAGCCUGAGGGAGACAUCACUCAUGGCCUCAGCAUCACAGUUCCUGUCAUCACUUUCAUUGACAACCAUGGAGAGAGCUGGAUGGGUGGAGGUGUGGUGCCUGAUGCCAUUGUACUGGCUGAGGAGGCACUAGAGAAAGCUGAGGAGGUUCUGGCUUUCCACCAGGGCAUGGGAACACUUAUAGAGGGAACUGGCCAGCUCCUAGAGGCACACUAUGCCAUUCCAGAGGUGGCUGGGAGGGCUAGUGCCAUGCUAAGCACCAAGAAGGCCCAAGGUGGUUAUCGCUCUGCUGUGGAUUUUGAGACAUUGGCUUCCCAGCUUACCAGUGAUUUGCAGGAGGCCUCAGGGGACCACCGACUUCAUGUCUUUUACAGCCAGGUGGAGCCAGCCCCAGAGGAACAGCCCCCCAAUAAUAUCCCAAGCCCUGAGGAGCUGGGCUACAUCAUUGAGGCUCUUUUCAAAGUUGAUGUAUUGCCAGGCAACUUGGGCUACCUACGCUUCGACAUGAUGGCUGAGGCAGAGACAGUCAAAGCCAUUGGGCCACAGCUGGUGCAGAUGGUAUGGAACAAGUUAGUGGAUACCAAUGCCAUGAUCAUUGACAUGAGGUACAACACAGGCGGCUAUUCCACAGCUGUGCCCAUCUUCUGCUCCUACUUCUUUGAGCCUGAGCCCCGGCAACACCUCUACACUGUCUUUGACCGCAGCACUUCUCAUAGCACUGAGGUGUGGACCCUCCCCCAGGUUACUGGCAAGAGGUAUGGCUCCCUCAAAGACAUCUACAUCCUGACUAGCCAUAUGAGUGGCUCAGCAGCCGAAGCAUUUACCCGUUCCAUGAAAGAUCUGCACCGAGCCACUGUCAUAGGUGAGCCCACAGUGGGUGGAUCACUUUCUGUGGGCAUUUACCAAGUUAGCAACAGUUCAUUAUAUGCCUCCAUCCCCAACCAGGUGGUGCUCAGCCCAGUCACUGGCAAAGUGUGGAGUGUAUCUGGGGUGGAGCCACAUAUCACUGUCCAGGCAAAUGAAGCCAUGAUGGUCGCCCAGCAAAUUGCUGCCUUGCGGGCCAAGGUCCCCGGUGUACUGCAGACAGUGGGGAAGCUGGUGGCUGAUAAUUAUGCCUUUGCAGACAUUGGGACCAAUGUGGCAACCAGGCUCACUAACCUCAUCAACAAGGACGCCUACAAAAUGAUUACCUCUGAAGAAGAGCUGGCCCAGAAGGUAGCUGCUGAUCUGCAAGCUCUCUCUGGAGAUGUGCACCUCAAAAUAGCCUACAUCCCAGAGCACUCCACGGACAGUAUCCCAGGGAUUGUGCCAAUACAGAUCCCACCUCCAGAAGUAUUUGAGGAUCUAAUUAACUUUUCAUUCCACACCAAUGUCUUUGAAAACAACAUUGGCUAUUUGAGAUUUGAUAUGUUUGGAGAUUGUGAACUUCUAACCCAGGUGUCUGAGCUGCUGGUGAAGCAUGUUUGGAAGAAGAUUGUUCACACAGAUGCAUUAAUCAUAGACAUGAGAUUCAAUAUUGGAGGCCCUACCACCUCCAUACCAGGCCUGUGCUCUUACUUCUUUGAUGAAGGGCACCGAGUUCUUCUGGACAAGGUUUACAACAGACCCACUGACUCAGUAAAUGAGAUCUGGACCCAGUCACAGCUCACAGGUGAGAGAUAUGGCUCACAGAAGGGUUUGGUAAUCCUCACCAGUGCUGUGACUACUGGGGCUGCAGAGGAGUUUGUCCAUAUCAUGAAAAGACUGGGCAGAGCUUACAUCAUUGGAGAAAUGACCAGUGGUGGGUGCCAUCCCCCCCAGACAUAUCAUGUGGAUGACACCAACCUCUACAUCACCAUCCCCACAUCCAGAUCAGUCAUCUCCACUGAUGGCAUCUCUUGGGAGGGGAGAGGGGUGCCUCCACACAUGGAGGUACCAGCAGAAAUAGCUCUUAUCAAAGCAAAGGAAAUGCUUAAAACUCAUCUACACAGCUCCAGGUAGACUGGUUAAUGCAGAGAGCAUCCAGUAUGAGAGAACUAGAUUGCAACUUUUUUAAGAAGCCUGAGAGAAUUAGACACCCAGUGGCUAGAACCAGUAAAGGACUUAGAUGCCUAAAGCAGGACUUAUGUGGAAGGUAGGAACCUAAGUGCAAAAUUAUGAUCCAAACAACCCUAGCUUAGCUGCCCCCUGACUUCAUAGGCGCCUUAAUUUUUUACCUUAAAAUUCUCCAGGUGACCAGACCUGUGCCUCUGGUCAUACCCAUAACUGCCACAGUCCGAGCAGCUACCAUUUGGAUUCACAUAUACCCCUGAUCAGGUUCCCAAAAGUAAGCAUUCUUCCACUUAAGUCCAAAUCUAGUAGGUGUUUUCAGAGCCCAUUUAACUCUCACUAACAAGAGGCUCCCAUGAAGAGCAACUGCUUUCUUUUAUGACAUGGCAAGCAGUGGCUCUCAUCUUUGAUAUCAAAGUCUAGUGGUUAGAGCACACCCCUGGAAGAGGAAAACUGGGUUUAAUUUCUUUCCCUAGCAUAACGGGGUUCUAACCUUUACCUUUGGCUCCCUGGUAAGCAUGGGAUGUAUAAACUACUCUGGUUUGCCAAGGCACGUUUUGCCCCUCAUAUUGAAGCAGGGUUACUGGAAACACAAGAAUCCUAGGUACAUUGAGUCAGAGAAAGACAAAGAAAAAGACCCUGACUAGUCUAGUGGUUACAGUACUCAUCUGCAAGGGGAAAGCCAUGGUUUUUGGUCCCUGCUUCCCAAUGCUGUGUCCAUAUUUUACAUUAAACAGUCCUUGCAAGUACUCACUUCUUUCAAAGAAAUGUUAUAGGUACCUUUCAAUUCAAAGGGAGGAUCCGGAAUAGACAGAUGUUCCUCCUUAUAGUCCUAAGUGAGGCACCUACACUAUAGAGAGGGACAGAUUUCCUAUUGACCAGCUCUAGGCAGCCCCUAUAGUGGCUAUUUUUUACCCCAUUCUGAGGUACCUGGUUGCUUGUCUAUAGCACUGCAGCAGCAGGUCCCAUCAAGGAUGGGCCCAGGCACUUCCUAGUCACUCCCUAUCUACCUGAAUCCAUGGGCACAUUCAAGACCUAGGGCUGCUUUGGGCUUCUCCUCUGCACCCAGUUUCUCGCAGGCCUGAGAAUAGACACUGGAGGCAAGCCUGGAACAGCCUUAUUGAUAUAUUUCCAGUUAUAAUUGUGCCCAUGGACUUGGGUGGGCAGGGCAUGUGAAGCUUCAUCCUCCUUGGGAACACAAUCUCUGAACAAUGUGCUGGAGGCCUGGAACGUGCUGGAUUUCACUGCAGAGGGCAGGCACCGUUUGCAGCGGGCAGAAAGCUGGGAGCUACAGACCCAAACCUUCAGUCUCCUAAGCCUCUUAUUGGACCUAGCUCCUGAAUCCUCAUACUUUCCUAAUUCCCCGCUGAAAUAUCCCAGUCCUAUAUGCUUAAGAAUUGCAAACUUCCCAGUUAUGUUGGCAUUUAUUCAAGUGUAAGAUAUGCAUUUCUUUUGUACUUUGGAAAAUGAUAUAUUUUCAUCUCCCCAUGUCCUGAAGAGGAAUGAAAAUAGCUAUAAAGGCUUGUUUUCCAAACUGGAGCAACUAAAUUAGUUUCACUUCCAUUUGCCCCUUAGAUCAAAGAGGCUCAAAGAUAGCCAACUUGUCAGCUUACCAGCCAGUGCCCAGUAUCCUGGUAUUUCUGGAGCUGCAAAUCCAGAACUCCCCAACACACAGGAUGCCCAAAAGAAGAGUUAACUACAGUUCAGAGCAGUUGUAAGUUGUAGGUUUUGGGGGGGUGUUUACUGUGAAGAUUUUAAAAAUAUGUAUCCUCUGUUUAAACACCUGAUUUCAAAGACUCUCAGUAUUCACAUGGAAGGAAUGUUAACAAUCAGACAACUAUCUGUCAUUUCUGCAAUGUGUUUAUAUUUCAAGUUUCACUCAGCUGGGUCAGUGAAAUUAAAUUGUUCACACUUUCCAUGCUGUUCAUUUUCAUUUUCAGACUCUCAUGCACUGGCCCAGUAUUAAGUUUUUUAGUGCUUUGGGGGAAUAUUUGGAUGAAUUUAGGUUUAUGCAGGACUCUGUCUAUCCAAAGUGCUAUAUAAAUGAUGAGCAUUAAAAGUACUAAAUCCAUAAAAGGCCACAUCUGUCAGUGAAUUAAUAAUAAACAGAAUAAACAUAUUUUAAGUACUAGAUUUUUAAAGCUCCCCUUCAAUAUAUAAGUGGCCUAACCUUGCUUUUAUUUUUUCUAAGCACAUUUGCACAAAAGCUUUCGUGUAUGAACAAUAUUAUUUGCUGUUUGUCAUUGGCAAGUCAAAGUCAGUCAAUCAAUCAGGAACCAGAAAUUAUACCAUUUGACCAAGAUGGCUAAUCACACAGAAGCAAUACUGAGUAAUUGCAGUCAGUGCACAUGUGGUCUGAAAUUUGCUCUCAUUGACUACAUAUUGAAUGCUUCUGAAUACUAGAUUUGUUUAUAGUAGCAGGAAUCCAUUUGGAAAAAAGAAACAAAAAGGAUGAUUUUUCUGGCUAGUCUAUUUGCAACAAGUAAUUUGAUCAGAUCUAGCAAAUCCUAUGAGAGUUUUCUUCACUCAGAAGUUAGAUCAUGACCUUGAAGAGUUGUGUUAACUAAGAUGUUGUCAAACACAAUAAUGUGCGGUGUAAACAGAUACUAUUCUUAAGUAUCACAUCAGCUAGUCCUGAUUAAACUCUAUUGAAAUUACAGUGAUUCAGUAACUGACAUGAAGUUCAAAUACAGUUUGUUCCUAUUAAGUCAUAUUUACCAUCAUCCCAGUUAACAGAACUUCAAGGUGGUGUUUCUAUAUGAUCUGAUUUCUAGACAAGCAAGACCAGAGUCAUGGAAACCUCUCUUAUUACAAGAGACUGAAAGGACUGGGACUGCUUACUUUGAGGAGGAGAUAGAUAAGAAAGAACCCAACAAAAGCUUUCAAAUUAAGGAAAGAGAUAGUCUACUGACCUAGCUUCUCUAUUUCCUCUGUGUUAUGACACAAGUACAAUGAAACUGAACGGAGGGUUUAGCAGGUUUCCAAAAGGGUUCAGCAGGAUUCAGACAAUUCUAGGGACGUCAUUAUGCUAACUGAGAGCUUGGGAUGGGAUCUAAACCUUCCCUCACUAGAGCUGAUGAUAACAUGUAGCUGUUGAGGGGUUAGGAGUCUUCUUCUAGACAGGUAUCCUGAAGCUGCCUCCAGCAGGGUCCUUCCACCUUCCUGUGAUAGAUCUGAAGCAGAAGGCAGGAUACUGAGCCAGCUGGACCACUGUUCCAAUGUUAGAAGUGAAGAUGAGCUCUGGGUGCAGAGACCAAAGCUGGGAGUUGUCAGAGCCCAAACAAAUUGAAAUCAACACAGCAAACAAACAUGGGCAUCCCAUGAAAAUGGAUUCAAGCUAUGACUGCCCAGGAGGGUAGCUAAAAGACUGUCAUGCACAGGCAUAAAAAAUAAUGCUGCCAGUGGUGUAAAUUGUGGGGAUGAGAGGGGCACUAGCCCUGGGCACUAACUUAGAGGGUGCAUUGGAAUGGCACCCCCAUCCACUGGACUCUUUGCCAUAUCAGGAGCAGCCCUGUGCUGCCUGGCCAUAGGAGCUAGGUGCAGGACACACAGGACAGAGCAGGAGCUGUAGGAAUCAUUGAGUUUUCAGGAAAGGUAAGACCUUCCUUCACCCUCCCUCUCCCCCUGCUCUCUCAUACCCAGCAACACGCCACUGGGAAAGUUUUUCCCAGGACACCAAAUGUGAAAGUUAUACCCCUGAAUGCUGGCACUGUUGCCAGUGCCUCACCUAAUGGCUCCAGAACUGUGAAGGUCUAGAAACAGGACACUGUCCCGAACAGGGAUAGAUAUCCUAGGAUGCAUGACUCCACCUCCAUUCAUAAAUGCCCCAAGCAGAGGUCUGAAUGCUAGAGGAGGUAGAGAUCAGGCAGAGACAGAUGAAACAAGGUAAAUGGAAGAGGAAUGAAAGGAGUGGAUAAGGGUGAGUGAGAGAAAUGAAAGAGCAGAAUGAGGAGAAGGGACAACAUGGAGAGAAACGAAAAAGUCAAGGAGACUGACUCAGAAAGGAAAAGGCAAGCUCAGCAGAGUGGGCAGUUCAAGAAUAAGGGAAGUUUAGCGCAGGUAUAAGAGACAGACAGAAA